UCCCCGGAUGAAACCGAGUUGUUAUAACAACGACGGUAAAGCGAAAGGACGGCUGCACACCAAAAGUACACGGUGUAGCUGGAGUUUUUUCACUCAUGGAUGCCGGAGCCAACACGUAUCUCAUUAGACCGAAUUAUAAAGACAAGUUCAAGGCAGGGGUGGCCAAAGAGUGCAUCAGAGAAAUCCUCAGGGAACAGCUGUAUGGAGUGCAGUAUAAUCCAGACGAGGUUCCCACAUUAUCCAGAUCUUUAGCAGACUCUAUUAAAAACAAGCUGAAAGAUGUGGGCUUUGACAGAUACAAGCUCAUUGUGCAGGUGGUUGUUGGAGAGCAGCGUGGAGAGGGAGUCAAGAUGGCUGCACGCUGCUUCUGGGAUGCAGACACUGACAGCUGUGCUCAAGAUAUAUAUUUGAACGACAGCUUGUUCUGUGUGGCCGCCGCAUUUGGUGUGUAUUAUUACUGAAGACACAGAAGAUUGAGAUUUUGUAGAGGGCUUAUUUUUGUGAUAUUUAUUGAAAUUCAGUUUUUAAUAUCAAUCGCAUUCAUGUUUGUUUGUUUGUUUGAAUACCUAUGUAUGAUAUGCCGAAAAUGUUAAUAUUACAGCAGAUUUUGACAUGCAAUGCAGUCUGUUUCUUAUACAUUAAAGACACAUAAUUCCAUUCCUGAAUGCCGUCUUAAUGAAAAAUAUCUACAUAAAUUGGUUAAAUGUGAAAGGUUCCCCCUAC